AGACGUAGAGUACAUGCACUGCACUGUACACUUGGAAGUGGGUGAUCGGGAUAUAAACUUGACACGUUUUUGGAAGGAACUUUAUUAUCGAAUCUGAACCGAUUGAACAGUUCCCAUUGGUCUAGAGACAAAGAGAAGAACUAAUAUUCACAGCUAGUCGCCGAAUUCCACCCUCAUCAUGAGCAAGUUUGGGAACCAGUUAUACUGGCUCCUAUAUCGCAAUUUUCUCUUCAAGCUGCGAUUUAAACAGCUUACGUUUCAGGAGAUCUUCAUUUCCCUCAUUUUUGUUGCCAAUUUGGCCACCCUGCGCUACACCACUCAAACGGAUCCUCUACCCGCUAUCCCCUCUUCCUCCCUGAAAUCGCAUGACCUCUUUGAUCCGCGCUUCGCACCGUCCUCCCUCGAAUUUCCCAUCGCCUUCACUCCCGAUACGGCAGAAGCAGAGAGCGUUGUUUCUGGCCUGGCGUCGCUGCUGAAUGUGUCUGCCUCGCCGGGCUAUGUCGGGUAUGCGACGGAGGACGAGAUCUUGAACGAUGUGGUCAACGGAACAGCUAACAUAAGCAUGGCUUUGGUCUUUGAUGACGCCUUCCCGUCCAAUUUGUCCUACAAGAUUAGGCUGACCUACGGAGCAGUGACUCUGAAUGAUGGUCCAUAUUUGGGUAGUGGAUCUCCAAACUGUUAUUCUGCGGAUCCUGAGUACGGUCUGACAUAUCCCUAUCAGUGUCCGGCAAACUCCUAUCUUUACUCUGGCUUCUCCGCCAUACAAGCCAUGGUAGAACAUCUGAUUGUGAAGGUGAGUUAUUAUUAUGAUUCCUUGGUCAGAGGAUGUUUGUGAAGAGGAUGUUGAUGAAGAUGAAUACAUUAACGAU